UCCGCUCCCUCCAUCCUCCCCCACAUCACGGCAGCAGCAGCAGCAGCAUCUUCAGCCUCAGCAGCAUCAGCAUCCACCCAUUUCUACUCUUUGGCUGGACAGUGGCGUAAUUCUGUCCAGCGGCGUUGCUGAGAGCCGGACCGAGUGUCCAAGGUGAUGCCACUGCAGCACCCGCAUCUCGCCACCGCGCCAUCACACCGAGCCUAAGCCGCUUCCUCUGCGAGGAGGGACAAUACACCGUUCGCCCGGGAGACAUCAGCCGCACAGGAAGAUGUCCAACGUCGACAUGGUCCUCAACGCCACCGAUCGGGUAGUGAAAUCCGUGCCCUUCCCUCUGAGCCACCGCCUCACCAUGAAAGAGGUGUUCGACUGUGAGGGCAAGCCUCGGGUGGACCUUCUCAAAGCCCACCUAACCAAAGAGGGCCGAGUUGAGGAAGCCGUGGCUUUGCGCAUCAUCAAUGAGGGCGCUGCCAUCCUACGCCAGGAGAAGACCAUGCUGGACAUUGAGGCACCUGUGACAGUGUGUGGCGACAUCCACGGGCAGUUCUUUGACCUGAUGAAGCUAUUUGAGGUAGGGGGCUCACCCGCUACAACGCGAUACCUCUUCCUAGGAGACUACGUGGACCGGGGUUAUUUCAGUAUCGAGUGUGUUUUGUACCUUUGGUCGCUGAAAAUCCUCUACCCAAAGACGCUAUUUUUACUAAGAGGAAAUCAUGAAUGUAGACAUUUGACAGAAUAUUUCACCUUCAAACAAGAAUGUAAAAUCAAGUAUUCAGAGCAGGUGUAUGACUCCUGUAUGGAUGCAUUUGACUGCCUUCCCCUGGCUGCCCUCAUGAACCAGCAGUUCUUGUGUGUCCAUGGUGGACUGUCCCCAGAAAUACACACUUUAGAUGACAUUAAGAAGUUGGAUCGGUUUAAGGAGCCCCCAGCUUUCGGACCAAUGUGCGAUCUCCUGUGGUCAGACCCCCUGGAGGACUUUGGCAACGAGAAGAGCCAGGAGUACUUCAGCCAUAACACAGUCAGAGGCUGCUCUUACUUCUACAGUUAUCCAGCAGUGUGCGAGUUCCUACAAAAUAAUAAUUUGCUAUCAGUCAUCCGAGCACAUGAAGCACAAGAUGCAGGAUACCGGAUGUACAGGAAGAGUCAGACCACUGGCUUUCCGUCACUAAUCACCAUCUUUUCUGCACCAAACUACCUUGAUGUUUACAACAACAAAGCGGCUGUCCUGAAGUACGAGAACAAUGUGAUGAACAUUCGACAAUUUAACUGCUCCCCCCACCCCUACUGGCUGCCAAACUUCAUGGAUGUCUUCACCUGGUCUCUGCCCUUCGUUGGAGAGAAAGUCACAGAGAUGCUGGUGAAUGUGUUGAGCAUCUGCUCCGACGAUGAGCUAAUGAACGACGGAGAUGAGAUCUUUGAUGCCAAUGCAGCAGCUGCACGAAAAGAGGUGAUUAGGAACAAGAUCCGUGCCAUCGGCAAGAUGGCCAAGAUGUUCUCUGUGCUCAGAGAGGAGAGUGAGAACGUUCUGACGCUGAAGGGGCUGACCCCGACUGGCAUGCUGCCCAGCGGCGUGCUGUCUGGGGGCAAACAAACUCUGCAAAGCGCCACCAUUGAAGCCAUCGAAGCCAUCGAGACAGAAGCACCUGACGGAGAAGCCAUCCGCGGCUUCUCUCCACAGCACAAGAUCAGUAGCUUCGAGGAGGCUAAAGGUCUAGACCGAAUCAACGAGCGCAUGCCUCCCCGUAAAGACGGCGUUAACCACGUCGGUCACUCCAUGGGCAAAAUGAACAUGUCUGAGGCCAAUGGUACUGAUGACAACAGCAACAUCCAGUGAUGUAGCGGCCACCUGCAGUGACCGCAAUCCCAAACCCGUGCCACUGUUCUGCUGUGUGGCAGGAUGUUGCCAAAACCUGAAAAUUUAAAGCCUGCUGAUUCCAACCAAACCCAAAACAACAUAUACAUAUGCAUCCACUACUGCUAUGUCAAAUUAGGGAAGCAAAUGAUCCAUUUUCAAAUCUGUCAUGGAUGUGGGUGGAAGGCGGUUGCUCUUUUUCGCUGCCAGUUUACAGAAUGCGGGUUUCUCGCUGUUUCGGGCGAGUUCUGCCGCUAUUUGGGUGUGACGAACAGGGUAGGGGUAGGGUUUGCUUGGGAGGGAGGGGGACAGUUAUGUCAGUCAAGGGCUGAAAGUGUCUUUAUCAAUUCCUUUCUGACUCCACCCAAUCACCAAGUGGGCGGGGACUAGGGAUUUAGAACUUUAACCUGAUCCAUCGCAGCUCAUCGGUGGGGGGUGACCAGCCAGUACCAAUGCCACGCACACAUUUGAAUAUUUUUGAUUGAUGAGUUUUCUUCAUGAGCCCAUCUCGUAAAAGAAGCGAUCGCACUGUUUGACAUGUUUUGCUACUAGUAUUAAUGAAUAUGAAAUUUGAGAUGACACAAAAAUGAAACGUUUCUAAGAAAGGACAUUUGACAAGAAAAAUUCUGUACAUUUUAUUACUUGCAAUGCACUCUUACCUGAGUUUUUUUGUUUGUUUGUUUAUUUAUUUAUUUAUUUGUUUAUUUAUUUUGUUUUGGUAAGAUGCCAUAAAGCUGCGUGGAUGUAAGGUGUAGGGAGCUUGCAUAUGUUGGCUGUGGACUCAUUAACCCCCGCUGUGGAAUGAACACUUGACGGUGAGGGGAGGGGGGAGGGGGGGUUAUGCAGUUAAAGUUUGACCUUUGGCACCACCUACCUGAUUGUUUCUCACCUGCCUGUAACUCGAGAGAGAAUGCACAUAGUAUGUUUCGCAAGUCAAAUGAACCUAUAUAUAUAUAUAUAUAUAUAUAUAUAUAUAUAUAUAUAUAUAUAUAUAUAUAUAUAAAAGUAUAAAUAUAUACAUAUAUAAAUAUAUUAUUAAUAAUAAAUGAUGGACAAUAUCGAGGACAAUUUUUAACAGCAUCUGUGGUAUGGAACGCAUCACUGCAUGCAAUUAAGUUCCUUAUUGAUAUGUGAAAUUAUAAUUGUGAUGUGUUUCAAUAUAGUAGAUUUAAAUGAUUUCCCUUUUCAGAUUAUAUUUGUAAAAUUCAACUUUGUUUUAUA